CUCAACCUUUUUUUAAAGGUGAGCUACAAACUAUAGAACUCAAAUCUUUUCUUUAUCACAGCGGAUUCAAGCGUCUUGCACCCGCCUUAUCCCCAGCUGAGGGUUUAUCGUCGAUUGGCUAAUUGAUCGAUCGGACUUCCUAUCAGCUUCUCUCGCUAACUCAUGGCAGUCGCUGGGCCAUCCGUUCUCUCUCAGCGCUCCCUGUACAGAUUAAGCCCAUUCUUUUCUACUACCCGCUCCCGUUGCUCAGGCAUUGCAUUUUUCCGCUGGAAUCUAAGCCUCCCGAACAGGAAAUCUUUUUCAAUUGCGGCUAUGACGAAUUGUGGCUUCACCUCUCCAGAAACUGUGAAAUCAUUUGAUUUUGGGUCAGAGAAGAGAAUAUAUGACUGGUGGGAGUCUCAAGGUUAUUUCAAGCCAACUUUUGAUAAUGGAGGAGAUCCUUUUGUUAUAACAAUGCCUCCUCCAAAUGUUACUGGUUCGCUACAUAUGGGGCAUGCAAUGUUUGUAACUAUUGAGGAUAUUAUGAUUCGAUACUUCCGCAUGAAGGGUAGGGCCACACUCUGGCUUCCUGGAACUGAUCAUGCUGGUAUAGCAACUCAGUUGGUAGUGGAAAGAAAGCUUGCGUCCAAAGGCUUAAAAAGGAUGGAUAUGAGUAGGGAAGAGUUCACCAAAGCAGUUUGGGAAUGGAAGGAGAAGUAUGGAGGCACAAUUACAAAACAAAUUAGAAGAUUGGGUGCAUCCUGUGAUUGGUCACGGGAACAUUUCACCCUUGAUGAACAACUAAGUCGUGCUGUAAUUGAGGCAUUUGUCAGACUACAUGAAAAGGGACUGAUAUAUCAAGGGUCUUAUAUGGUAAACUGGUCUCCUAACCUUCAGACUGCAGUAUCUGACUUGGAAGUUGAGUAUUCUGAAGAACCUGGUACUUUGUUUUAUCUUAAGUACCGUGUUGCUGGUGGAUCAAGAGGUGAUUAUUUGACUAUAGCGACCACUCGGCCUGAGACACUUUUUGGGGAUAUAGCUGUAGCUGUGCAUCCUGAGGAUGAACGUUAUUUUAAAUACAUAGGGAGACAGGCAAUUGUGCCUUUAACAUUUGGCAGGCAUGUUCCAAUUAUUGCAGACAGGUGUGUAGAUAAAAAAUUUGGAACGGGAGUUCUGAAGAUAAGCCCUGGGCAUGAUCACAAUGAUUACCAUCUUGCUAGAAAGCUUGGACUUCCUAUACUUAAUGUCAUGAAUAAAGAUGGCACUCUUAAUGAGGUUGCAGGAUUGUACAGCGGUCUAGAUCGAUUUGAGGCACGGAAGAAAUUAUGGUCUGUUCUUGAAGAGACUGGCUUGGCAGUUAAAAAGGAACCACAUACUUUACGGGUUCCAAGAUCCCAGCGAGGUGGAGAGAUAAUAGAACCACUGGUGAGCAAACAGUGGUUUGUCACUAUGGAACCUUUAGCUGAAAAGGCACUCCAUGCAGUUGAGAAGGCAGAGUUAACUAUUCUUCCUGAAAGAUUCGAUAAGAUUUAUAAACAUUGGUUAACUAACAUUAAGGAUUGGUGCAUAAGUAGACAAUUAUGGUGGGGCCAUCGGAUACCGGUUUGGUACAUUGCAGGCAAAAAUUGUGAGGAAGAGUAUAUUGUCGCAAGGAAUGCUGAGGAAGCACUAGCACUAGCUUAUGAAAGAUAUGGAAAAUCAGUUGAAAUUUAUCAAGAUCCUGAUGUUCUUGACACUUGGUUUUCAAGUUCAUUGUGGCCUUUUAGUACACUCGGCUGGCCUGAUUUAUCAUCUGAGGAUUUCAGAAAAUUCUACCCAACAACUGUUCUGGAGACUGGACAUGACAUUUUGUUCUUUUGGGUCGCUCGAAUGGUCAUGAUGGGAAUAGAGGUCACGGGGACUGUUCCAUUUUCUUAUGUUUAUUUGCAUGGGCUUGUCCGUGAUGCUGAAGGAAGAAAAAUGUCCAAGACAUUGGGAAAUGUUUUAGAUCCUAUUGAUAUCAUAAAUGAAUAUGGCACAGACGCCUUACGAUUCACACUUUCUCUUGGAACAGGUGGCCAGGACCUUAACCUGUCUUCUGAGAGAUUGACAUCUAACAAAGCUUUCACCAACAAGCUAUGGAAUGCUGGAAAGUUUAUUUUACAGAAUUUGCCAUGUGAAAGUGUCGGCUCUAAACUGGAAGACAUAUUUGCUUAUAAGUUUGACACGCAGGAAUCUCUUAUGAGGCUACCUCUGCCAGAAUCCUGGGUGGUAUCAAAACUGCAUGGUCUUAUUGAUAGUGUCACUUCCAGCUAUGAGAAAUUUUUCUUUGGAGAUGCUGGUAGAGAAAUAUAUGAUUUUUUUUGGGGUGAUUUUGCUGACUGGUACAUUGAAUCUAGCAAAACUCGCCUGUAUCACUUGGGAAGUCAUUCAGAUGCAUCCAUUGCACAGGCUGUUCUUCUAUAUGUCUUUGAAAACAUUUUGAAGCUGCUACAUCCUUUCAUGCCAUUUGUCACUGAAGAAUUAUGGCAGGCCUUGCCAUUACGAAAGGAAGCUCUUAUAGUGUCUCAGUGGCCUCAGAGUUCACUUCCAAAACAUAACGCAUCUGUCAAAAGGUUUGAAAAUCUACAGUCACUGAUCAGAGUUAUUAGGAAUGCAAGAGCUGAAUAUUCUGUUGAGCCAGCAAGACGAAUCUCCGCUUCUAUAGUUGGGAAUGCAGAGGUUCUUGGUUAUGUAUCUAGCGAGAAGCAAGUUUUGGCUCUUUUGUCACGAUUGGAUGUACAAAAUGUUUAUUUCAUGGAAUCUCCUCCAGAUUAUGCAGAACAUUCAGUACACCUGGUGGUUGGGGAUGGUUUGGAGGCUUACCUUCCUCUUGCAGAUAUGGUGGAUGUGUCUGCAGAAAGUCAGCGCCUUACAAAGCGGCUUUCCAAAAUGCAAGCAGAAUAUGAUGCACUCCUUGCUCGCCUAAGCAGUCCAACCUUUAUAGACAAAGCACCAGAGGAAAUUGUUAGUGGAGUAAGGGAAAAAGUAAAAGAAGCUGCCGAGAAAAUAAUUCUCACAAAAAAUCGGCUGGUCUUUCUUGAAUCAUCAACCCCUCAAUGAACCUACUCCUGCUGCACAUCUUGAGAUAACAUAUUUUUGGUGAUUCUGUAGCUUACCACUCAGUGAGUAGAUCAGGUAUGAAGCAGUUCAUGACAAAUUAAUGGUUGCUAAUCAGUGAAGUUAAUGAUUAUAUGUAUAUUAAGAGUGUCUAAUGAUCCUAUAGAUCAACAUAAAAUUUGCAUCCCAACGGGGCAUCAUGUAACAAAAUAAUGUUAUAUAUCAUGAAAAUUGAGUGCUGCUGCUGCUAUA